AUGGAGAUUAAAUUGGACAUACGGUUUGGAGUUUUGAUCGUUUUACUACAGGUCCUCUGCGGUGUGGAGGCGACGCCAUGUUCCCCAGGCUUUGCUUCAGAUGUGUUUGUCCUCAUAGUUCACAGGUCUCACCUGCAGAGGGGCACGAGGAUCGGUGCAGUUGUUUUCCACGACUGCAGCGGAAGGACACAGUCCAUCUUUGACACUGCUGAUAAGCGGUUUCGUGUAGAUUCAGAUGGCACAGUGAAGCUGAAGAGACCGGUCACUCUGCAUAAUGGCCAUAAGGUGUUCUCUGUCCAUGCGUGGGACUCCAAGGGAAAGAAACACACUGCAUUGGUGAGAGUGGAACAUGAGGGUAGUGCUAACCACCAUAAAGAGCAGCAGGAAGAUGUUGAGCUUGUGCAGCUUCAAUCUCCCUCGAUUCCGCUUCUGGAGUUUCCAAAAUCAAGCGGGUUGCGGAGGAGAAAGAGAGAGUGGGUCAUUCCACCGGUCAAAAUCUUGGAGAACGAGAGAGGUCCUUUUCCUAGUAAGCUUGUGCAGAUUAAAUCCAGUCAUGAUAAAGAAACCAAGAUGGUGUACAGAAUCACUGGUGACGGUGCAGACCAGCCUCCAGUGGGACUGUUUACAAUAGACAAAUUCACUGGUCAAAUGUAUGUGGGGAGGCCUCUUGACCGAGAAGCUAAAGAUAAAUAUGUGCUGCAAGCCCAUGCUGAGUCACUUACUGAUGCUGUUGUAGAACCUGCCAUGGAGGUUAUAGUUGAAGUGCUGGACAGUAAUGAUAACCUUCCUGUCUUCACCCAAGAUCCAUUCAUUGGCAGUGUACCAGAAGCUUCAAAACCAGGCUUUGAGUUCAUGACAGUCAGUGCCACUGAUGCAGAUGAUCCAAACACUGACCAUGCUGCUAUUAGGUACUCCAUUGUUGAGCAGAUUCCACCAGAACCACAUCCUAACAUGUUUGCGAUUAACCCUUUGAGUGGAGCAAUCCGAGUGAAUAUUGAUGGACUGGACAGAGAGAAAUAUAGAGAAUAUACCUUGAAAAUUGAAGCAGCAGAUAUGAAGGGGGACGGCCGCGCAGUUCCUGGAACAGCUGUUAUUACAGUCACAGACAGCAAUGACAAUGCACCUAAAUUUGCCAAGAACUUGUUCAAUGUUACUGUCCCAGAGGAUAAAGUGGGAGUUAUUGUGGCAAAACUGCCAGUGACUGACGAAGAUGAACCACAAUCAUCUGCCUGGGCAGCAAAAUUUAGGAUUGUUAGUGGUGACCCAAGUGGAUUUUUCAACAUUAGCACAGGACCAAGCAAACAGGACGGCAUCAUUACCACGAUCAAGGGGUUGGACUAUGAGAACAACAACAAAUUCACACUGCUGGUAGCUGUGGAAAAUGAGGUUCCAUUUGCUAGAGCUUUGCCUACCUCCACUGCUACUGUUAUCGUAAAUGUUCUUGAUGUGAACGAGGCUCCAGUGUUUGAUCCCAAGGAGAUGAUUGUUUCCAAACCUGAAGAUCUAGCAAUUGAUAGUGAACUGACAGUGUACACUGCCACUGAUCCGGACACGUACCGGAACCAGAAAUUGACGUAUCGUGUAGGCAAUGAUCCUGCUGGCUGGCUGACUGUUAUCCCAGACACUGGACUAAUCAAAGUCAGGAGUUCUAUGGACAGAGAAUCAACUUUUGUGAAAGAUGGCAAAUACAGAGCCCUAAUUCUAGCUAUAGAUGAUGAUGUCCUUCCAGCAACUGGAACUGGUACACUUAUAAUUGAGCUGGAGGAUGUGAAUGAUAACGCUCCAACAAUUGAGGAGCGGGAAAUCAACUUUUGUAAUAAGGAUUCCGUUCCAAGGACCCUGGCUGUGGUUGAUAAGGAUGGACCUGGCUUUGCUGCUCCUUUCACCGUAGAGCUGCAAGGAGAUAGCAAGAACAAUUGGACUGCUAGGAUGAAUGAUUCAAAAACAGGGAUCAUACUUACACUUAAGAUGCCACUCCAACAGGGAACUUACAAUGUUGUUAUGAGGGUGUACGACAACCAGCUCCAAUCGCAAGUCAACACUGUGCUGGUCACUGUAUGUGACUGCACAGGAGAGGACUUUAAGUGCAAAGACCUGCGUGCAGCAGACUUUGGCCUUCCUGGGGUGCUUGGAAUUCUGGGGGCUAUUUUGGCUCUGCUGUUGCUGCUCUUGCUGCUGCUUCUGUUCCUUAAAAGGAAAGGCACUAAGAAAGAGCAGCCCCUUAUUAACGACGAUGAUAUCCGUGACAAUGUUUACUGUUAUGAUGAAGAGGGUGGUGGAGAAGAUGAUCAGGAUUAUGAUCUGAGCGUUUUGCACAGAGGCCUUGACAACCGCCCUGAUGUGUUCCGCAACGAUGUGGCUCCCACCUUUAUGCCUGCUCCACAAUAUCGGCCGCGGCCUGCAAACCCAGAGGAGAUCGGCACCUUCAUUGAUGACAACCUGAAGGCGGCUGAUAACGACCCCACAGCUCCCCCCUAUGACUCUCUGCUGGUGUUUGAUUAUGAAGGUGGUGGAUCAGAGGCAGGAUCCCUCAGCUCCCUGAACUCCUCCAGCUCAGGAGAUCAGGACUAUGAUCGUAUUGGUGAGUGGGGACCGCGCUUCAAGAAACUAGCUGACAUGUAUGGAGGAGGAGAGGACUAA